UCUACUACAGAUAACUGGCUUGUUCAUUUCGCUGGCGUUACCAUUCCUUUAGUGCCGACACUUUUGGAUAUUUGUACGUGCAUGGUAGUUAUCUCCUUAUCUGUACGCAGGUUGGCUAGAAGUCGCUGUUGAUUGCAUUUGUAUCAGGUGCCAAGCGGCCUCAUACAUGUCCGUGUAACAUCUACUGAUGGCCGCGUACUUCAUCGGAAAUUCAUAAUUUCUGACUAUUUGUCAGUCAUGCAAAUGGACAUCUAGUUGGAUAGGAAAACGUAACGUUUUCUAGUUUGUCCGUCCGUCCGUCUAUGCGGUGUUUGUCACUCGUAGGACUCCUUCAUUCAUCAAUGCAAUGGGUCUGUAAUAGCAAAAACAGCUGCGGCAGCAGUACUUUCAGUGUGGCCUUAGUUAUUCAUUUGUCAUUAUUGGUAAGCCUGUUGGUCCCUAUUUCUGUCUCGCCCCCUCUCGCUGUAAAUCCGUUUGUGCUAGUUGCGCGCUAGCGUCGGCCUUCUUGUAGUUGCUUGUUGUUGUCUGCGUUCCACUGUCAAUAGCUCUCCUUGAUCCCGGCCCGUCAGACAACAAAGGACUGACCAGUUAGGCGGCUUCCCGUUUGGUUUGAGCGUUUUCGGUGCGGUUCCCGCGUCUGCGAACGGACAACUAAUGUUGUUACCCGUAGUGGCAGUCUUUGCCAAUGGAACUGAUGGGCUUUGUGCGCUGCCCGUUUGCUUAGCCGCUGUGUCCUGCUGCGCUGCCCAUCAGUGAUGACAGUCGCAAUGGUGGUGGCAACGGUGCGGCGCUGCGAUCGGCCAGGCCCUUUCCUGCGACAGCGCACGAACGAUCCACUCUUGAGUCAGUUGGCUGGCUAAGUGGACGGUGACGGUGCCGGCCAGUUACUUUUUGUCAAGCCUAUUGAUUUUUGAUAACACCUAGAAAAAGAGAUAGGCGAAAAAAGAAAGUGAGACGACGACGACAAAAAAACAAGUAGAGUUAUUACGGUGAGUGAGUGAGUGAGUGAGCGUACGGUUGGCAUCGAUACCAGUUCUAACAGUGGCAAGCCGGCACCCACCAUCAGAGUAUGUCACAUCACCUGCAGCGCGGGCUUUACGCACCGCGAUUCAGCACAUCUCUAUGGACACCAACAAUACCAGUGAGCAAGUGAAUGUGUAACAAAGAAGGGUGCGCGAUCGAUUCAUGAUGAGUUGAGUGAUUGAGGUCAUUCAACCGUUGAGGUCGUCCAUGACGGUUGUCGUAAUAAAAAUGAAUCGUUCCUAUCUAUUAGAACUUGUCAGAAACCAUCAAGCAUCCGGUUUUCAGUGAUUCUUAACAAACUUCACUUCGUUUUCUGGAUAUCGUGCUAAACCCCUGUGGAGUCCGCGCGGAUUUGGAUACAACUCAGCUCAGAUCAACCUUGUAGCGAACUGACUUCGGAACGUCGUCGUGGCAUUUUGUAGCGAUCAAUCAAAUGGCAUGGGUCGCUUCGCUUGCGGUUUAUUUGGCUACUUUUUGACGUUACAGGGAACGCUUCUACCCCAUAUAGUCUAACCCAGUCGCUAUAAACUAAAGACCGUGGGUUGUAGGGUAUCAAGCGACGGUGCAAAGGCCAAACUAGAUGGAAGCCUUACAACGACUCCAUUGACCAGACAAGACUAAACGAGACAGUGGAUUGAAAAAUGUACUCACAUGACAAGCGCUCGGCGUCCAGUUCGAUCUCCAUGAUUAACGAACACCGACAAGCAACAUCUACAAACAGUUAACCAUUAUUACAGUCAUAUUAUACAUAUUCAAUGCGUUAUUUCAAUUGUACGCUCAAGCUUUAUUGCGUUUAUAAAAGCUGGCCUGGGGAAAGGCAAAGCAGAUCGACAACUCGAACGACAAUAAGAUACGACGAUUUAAUCUUACCACACCUACCACCAGCUGUGCUAGCCCAAACUGUAUUGCGGUUCACAUUAUGCAUUUGGAGUUUUCCGAGACCAAACGUUACAUAGUUACUUAUGCAAGGAAUCGGACCCCUACCUAGCAUAAAAUAAUGCUAUACUUCUAUCACUGUGUAUGGAUUUUAUGAUUCGAUCGACGGAUUGGCAGCUUCCGAACGGUGAAUAUACGAUGAGCCUAAAUUACGCGCAGUUUAAUCACAGCGUCUUGAAUUACGUUAUUGCUGACAAUGUCUUUUUUUGGUUAUCUGGAACCGGUACAUAGUUCGCUCAACGAUUGACCCAGAAGACAAACUAAAAAUGAACAUAAUUUUCAUAGAAUUAAAAAUUUGUCUGCGUCAUGGACUUUUCAACAGUACAAGCAGUUAUGAAAGGGCAUAGUAAUUCAACGUUUAGUUCUGGCCCAGGCUUAUCUUUCCCAUUAGAUCAUAAUGAACUUAGCCUAGACGCCUUGCUGACGCUGGAUAUAACUGCUAGUGAUGUAAGCAGCUGGCGUAAUGUGCUGUUUGUGCUCAAUUCAUGGUUUUUCGUCGACGCAUAACAUUAACGCGCAAUCAUACUGUUGACACAGGAGUUCGGCAUGUCCCACCAAGUUCCGGAGCGUCCAGAGUCCACAAUUAACGUCGUGGACGACAACACGCCGGAGAGUUCGUCCGCGAGCAACGGAAAUGGCAGUGCCAGUCCGUACUUGGCUGUUUUCCAGGAGCCUAAUGGUGCUCCAGACAGUUUGGCAGUUGGCGACCUUCCGUUGCCGACGAAACUUGGCUGGCCACUUUUUGCUGGCAACUACGCUGGCUUAAGCCUCUCACUGAAGGGAUGCCAUGAAAUGGCGGAUCGGUUUCAACUAUUAAAUAGCGCACUCCCAUCAAACUUGAAUAGUGGCCAACGUCUCGCGCUUCUGCGUACCGUAGCUGAAGCACAAGCGCAGGCUCAGAGCCAACUAGCUGGCUAUGGUUCGAUACAAUUUAUGCAGCAUGCUGAACAUACACUGCAUAAAGCAUAUGAGGUGCCUUUCCGGAUUCCUUUCGAUGCCGCGGCCAUGGGAUGCCAGUACGUGAACAGUCUGGGACAGACAAGGCCUAUUGUGGCACACCGAACGAUGCCUCCGGCCCCACUGGAGUCAAUCGUCUGUCAGCCAGCAGCUGUGAAACAGCCAACUUCAAUCGAUCAAGACCAGGGUACAAGUAGUAGUAUUGGCGCUGGGGGCGCUGGAGGAGGCACGACACGUAAGCCCAAUUGCGCUCGUUGCCGAAACCAUGGCGUCAAGGUCGCUGUUCGAGGACACAAGAGGCAUUGCCCAAGAAAGGAUUGCGACUGCGAAAAAUGUGAACUUAUCAAAGAACGACAGGUGAUCAUGAAGAAGCAGGUAGCCCUUCGUCGACAACAGGAGCAAGAUGAACAGCUACGCAUCACAGCGGUACGUACGCUGCCCAACGUGUCGCAGGGUGGUGAAGCCUCAAUACCCGAAUCGGCCCCCCAAAGACUUUCUGCUCCGGUAACCUCAACCACUCCCACGUCCGUCUCAACCUCCGAGCUUUCUUCAUCUCCUGUAUUGACAAUUUUGUCAAAAGCCAUCGACCUAAAAGCAUCUCAAGGCGACGUUAUCAGCCCUGCAGAUCCUGCUCGUUCGACGUUCUCACAAAGCCUGUCCAACACAACUGGCUGUCCUACCGGACCUAUGCAGUGCGUACAAGACACACUGAAUAAGAGCAAAAGACCAACUUCGCCUGCACAAACUUUUUAUAUGACUUUUCCUGGAGACACGCGGCCACUAUCCAUAUCGUCACUGCUUGGGGGCAAAAAACGAGAAUUAUCGGAGAGUAGAAGUUCGUCAUUACUCUCAGCCGAAAAAUUAACAGAAUCACGAUUAGUGCGUUCCAGCCUUUCGGAGGAUGCCUCGCAAAGCCCACGGUCUCGAAACGGCAGCCCAUUAAAUGGCAGCGGGUUUGUCUUGAAUGCUCUCGUUCCCUUGAUGCCCUCCAAUGAUAAGCUACGACGAAACGGCCCUCGUCAAGCUGUCGGUAUCCCCAAAUCUCCUGCUAUGACUAUGCUAACCAGCCUAGCCCGAGAGUUGAGUGGUACAGAUAGUACUCUUGCUCAGACGUCCGACAUGCCGGCGGCAUUAGCAAGGUCGGUGGAUAUCGCCGUUCCAAAUCCUGACCUUCGAUGGGCUUAUCUAACUAACCUAACGCCUUCUGGAAGUAACCAUCCGUCAGGUAGUCGCUUGGAUAGAAGGAACUCGUCGGAUGGAACCGAUGAUGAGACUUUUGUCGCCCAAUACGACACUCAUCGCAGCACAACUAGGCAGUGCAACAGUAAGCCGGUUGAGGGAAAACGUCAGAUUGGUCAAACUAAGCCUACCAUGCAAGGCUCGACGUCGCCUGAGCUAGCAUCUACUUCGCGCGGACUCCAUAUUACCUGCGAUGUUUUACACUCCGAUCUACCCCUAAUUAAGCGGCGUCGUCUGCAACCCAGUCCCACUUCGGCCUUCUCCAUACUCGGCUCAUCGGAGGCGUCCAUGUCAGGCUCUAAUCGUGGCUCGCCUCGCAACAGGAUCUCAGGACCUUGUAUCCUGCCACAGGAUCUCUCAUUCAAUCGACCGCAGAGCUUAACGCCAGCGUCAAGCCCAAACUCUAUUCCGAUCUCCAGCAGCAACGACGAACCCUGUUUAACGCCACAGCCAACGUGAAACAACUUCAUUCAUCCAGAAAAUUAUAGUGAACCAGUUAGAAAUGUUAAUGGUAACUGAAAACUGGCUAUAGAAAGGACGAUGUGGAAACAAAUAUUGCUAGACCCCAAAUCGACCGAAGUGGGCCGAUUUAAACUAUCCGGACCCGAGAACAACUGCGGCGUCGUUACUAGAAGCAACUACAUGUUCGAGGCUAUCAGAGUGCAUAGAAUAGAAUGAAAAAAUAAUAUCUCUAAUUCAGCCUAAGUGCAGUAGUUUUUAAGUAUCUAUACGGGCUGUUUUCCCGAGAGAUUCUGUGUACCACUGGAAGUAAGGGACACUCUUUGACUUUCAGUUCAAAAUACAGUUUUGUACUAUAUUUUAUAAUACCAAAUAGGAAAUAGAGAGAAUCAACAAUAUAAUAAAGCUGCUUCGGACCAAAAGUACAUCCAAUAACUCCGACAGUGCGGUACAGGUAGACGGGACGUGCUGUUGACCCACAUUGGAAGUAUAUAUAUAUAUAUAUAUUAGUUAACAGUAACGCACAAGAUCAACCAAAAAAAUACAGAAGAUACAGAAACCCAAUGGGAACCACCUUCUUAUGUGAAUAGAGAUCGAGUGAAACGCACAAAAAUUGACCAGAAAAGUUCAGAAGCUAUCUAUCAAC